GGCCAUUUAUUUGUGCAGUGCGCAGAACAGUAGAAGAAGAUCAUUUAAUUCGGAGAAAAAAGCUUGCUAAUUGGUGUCAGUUUUCAGUGUAGACCAUAAUCUUUGGGUAAAAAUGAGUAACAUGGGGGAUUUAUACCCUUCGUCGACUCAGCCGGAGAGUAACAGUUAUAGCAACGAAGAUUUCGAGAAGGUUGACCCAGGCGAUCUCGACCAGCAACCCGCCGAAUCAGAGAGAGAUCAACUUUCGGACCAAGUGCCGACAUCCACUGCUUUCUCCGGCGAAGAAGCCGAGGAAGAUCGCUACGGUACUUCAGAAGCUACCCCAAAUCUCGUUAGUUUUGGUGAUGAACCGGUGUUAGAGGAACCUCAGUCCACCACCCCCUCUGCUCCUGAAGUAGGCGACUUCCCAAGUUUGGGCCAAUACUCUGAGCCCGAACCCGAAGCUGAAGCGAUCUCUCACAACCCCUUUUCAGAUCCAAUCUCCUCAACAACAACAACAACUCCAAUGCUUAUGGCCUGGGAGAAGACGACAGGGAUAUUUUACAGCCAGAACCAAUAUCUAAUCUCCUAACAGAAUCAACAGAAAGUAAAGAGUGGGAAGGGAAAUCAGAAGGCUUGGCCAUAUCUGGAGGUUCAUGGAUGAAAAAUGUUGACCCAAGAGAACCAGGGGAGACAAUUCCAGUGUGGGAUGAUGAUCGAGACCAACUCCCUGUCAUUGAAGAGUCGCCAGCAACACAAUUGAGCAGUGAACCUGGCGAGGCGGCCAUGCCUGGCCAAGGGGGACAACCCAGUUGCUCGCUGUGCUCCACCAUGUUAUUGGACCUGGUGUACUGGCAAGAUGUCAAGAAGACAGGUGUGGUGUUUGGCUCGAUGAUGUUCCUGCUGCUUUCGCUGGCCUUCUUCUCGGUCCUCAGCGUGGUCGCUUACCUGUCGUUGGCCACCCUCACCAUCACACUUAGCUUCCGUGUCUACAAGAAUGUCCUACAGGCCGUGCAGAAAACUGGAGAUCAGCAUCCGUUUAAGGGUGCUGAAUGGAGGACUGAUCAUUUACAGUACCUGGACAUGGACAUUAACCUGCCAGAAGAGAAGGUUCAGCUGGCUGUAGAGAACAUCGUCAAGCAUGUGAACAACACCAGCCGAGAGGUCAGACGGCUCUUCCUCGUCGAGGAUCUCGUAGAUUCCAUCAAGUUUGGAUUGUUCCUGUGGGUUUUGACAUACAUUGGAGCCUGGUUUAAUGGAAUGACCAUCAUCAUCCUAGGAGUUGUUACCAUUUUCACAUUACCCAAGUUCUAUGAAACAUACAAGACUCAGAUUGACAACUACCUGCAUCUGGCCAGGACAAACAUUAACAAGGUCUUAACUCAAAUUAAAUCAAAGAUCCCUUUCCCUAAGAAGAAGGAUGUAAAGAAAGAGUAAAUUGCUAUUUGUGAGCCAAGCGUAUGAUGUAUAAUGUAAUGAGAUGCCAGUCAGGUUUGCUUUAAACAAACAGUAGCAUGAGGUUGCCAUAAACUUUAUACUCAUGGAAAGAUUGUUAUUUUAGUGUGGUGAAGCCACGAUUAGUAUCUUCAUAAAACCCAGACAAUAGUAGAACAUUACACCUACCUGUAUUACCAUCACACUGUUAAAUCACAUUAGUUUUGCUGGUUUCACUUUGCCAGAACAGAAAGUUUCACUGGAUUGUCAGCUUCCCUGCACUGCUUAAGCCAAGCAUUUUAUUGAUGUGAAACAUUUUGCUGUGAAUCUAGCUCUGUUGUUCCUGUAAUGCCUGCAGAUGGAGAUGUGGAGCGGUAGUGCAUGGUAUCCCGCUGGGCGGUGAUUGGGUUAGUGUGGUCUGGUUGGUGGUAUAUUUGAGGAGAAUUUCAACAGGAUGGGAUUCUCAUGGUCUCCCAGUUGUAGACUCAUGACUACAUAGCAAAGCUUUCUAUGAGUAUAUAGUUUACUCUGGCUGGUAUCUUGACAGACAGAUUGAACUGUCUGAACUCUUUGUCCACUUUGUAUCACUGUCACUUUUUUAUGCCUUCCCUGUGCUUCAACAUGGAGUAUGAGUUAUCUGCCCUUUGAUUGCUUGACCUUGUAUGUGGUGUAUAGGGUUUAAGAUGAGGGCUGUCGUUGCCGACAUUGAUUACAUGUAUUAUCCAAGGUAGAAUUAUGGGACAGUAAGGCUGGUUGUCCAGGUAUGAAGACAAGACAGUGUUGUGUACAGCUCUGAGGUGUUGAGAAGUUUGUGUUGGUGAUGGCUUAAACUUGAGUUUGUUUUCUUUUAAGAAGUGUAUUUAUAACAGAGAAAAUAUGGUUGGAUGUAAUGAUUAACAUCUUGUAGUGUGACUCACAAACUGAUCUCAUAUUUGAUGUUCAAUGUGGCUUAGGGGCACGUUAAGAUUGAUAUAUUUAACUGUUAGAUGUUUCACAUACAUAAUAGUUGCCUCCCCCAUUUAGCAGUUUCAAUCAAAGUUGACCAGUUUUGCUCUGUGUUAAAAUUGCCUCGUACUUGCCCAAGAUCAUUGGCUCCCUUUUGCUAGGUGAGGUUUUUUGAGCACGGGCAUACCCAGCAGACAGAAAAGGUAGGGAGAUUGUUUUCCUCCAUUGCAAGCACAAGUUAGAAAUUUUGUUAAAUAUUGUGUUAAAUAUGUUGAAAAAUGAAAUAAAUCUGUGGAAGUAGCAUGUCAUAGAUAAUUUGAGAUGCAUAUUGUACAGUGACAUAUAAGGCCAUGUAUGAAACAAAGUUUAGUUGUUUGAAGGCCAAUAACCUCAUUUGCCUAUUGUUUAUGAAUAAAUUUGACAUUCUAAGCAAUGUUUUACUCAGAAUUUUACUGAUUUUUUUCUUUGUUGUAAUGUUAAAUCUGUGAAACUUCUUUCUGUAUAAAUAUUAAGAACAUGGCUUCUCAAAUGUAUUUUUUGAAAAAUUCGUGCUCCUCAUUAAGACACUUGUGCCAUAUAUUGGUGUUCCCUCCCAGAAUAGAAAAAAAUAUUGCAGGUCACUUUGGUCUUUACUAGUACUUUCUUUCUGUAAAGUUUGAGCUUCCAUUUUUAUUGUUACAUGAUAAAUAAUCUGAGUAGCAUUUGUAUUAUAUGCAUCUAUGAGGUAGUAUUGUAGGACCCAAUAUGAAUUUUAAAUCCGGAUUACACAGAAGUUCCAAAUUAAUCUCAGUUCUCCAUCCAAAUUAAGUUUUGUACUGCAGUUAGCAAAGUUGUUAGGUAUUAAAAUGUGCCAUGGUUUUCAUAUCUAAGAAAUUCUUGCAUACAUGUAUAACCAAGCUGUUUUAGACUGUGCUAAAUAUAUGUAUAUCUAACUUUUUGGAGUUAUGAAGAUUCAUAUUUGUAUUAUAAGCUCAUCCUAAAUGUGACACUUUGUCAGGCCUCUGUAGUUUAAAAAUAAACAUAUAAUCCAUGUAAAAUAUUGCCCUGUAAUCUACUCUGUUAUGUGCGGAGUUUGUCCAUUGACAGUGAUGUAUAGUUGUAAAGUGGCAUUUGCAUGAAUAUUCACUUGGCAAGUUAAUGGCCAAAACACAUCCAUAUAAUCUACUCUUACUGUAGUGCUGUGUUAACUGAUCAGUCUUUCAUAGACAGCGUAGGUGCAAAUUGUUCAUUCUUGUACAUCCUUAUGUUUCAUUUAUGCAAAUUGCAAAAGUAAGAUUGCCUGUGGCUGUUUAAGUCAGCUUUAUUGGUAUGUAAGCUGUAUUUGAAUUAACCAUACCUGCAGAUAUAAAAUAACUCAAAUUGUUUAAUCUUGCGGCAAGUCCUGAAAACAGACGAGUGCUUCUUGUUCAUACAACAUUAGAGAAAAGAGUUAUUGGUAGUUGAUUAGUCAACUCCUAAUUAAGGCUUUAGUCAUUUCAGCAGAGCUUUUAGAGGGACUGUUAGUCGGUGGAACAACAUGACGCACAUGUAUCCAUGGAAGUAUGAUUGAGCAGAAAGGUUUGUGAGGAGGCCGGCUCAAAAGUACAGAUGUAUUUACGUGGGAGGAGAUUAAUAAGAACAUCAGGAAUUAACUGGGAGACUUCCAUUGAUGGUAUUGUGUGCGUAGGUUGAAGUGAAAAUUUGCACAAGAAAGACAAAACUAAGUCCAUAUUGUCAGUGUUGUUGUUGUUGUUGUGUAAGACAGAGGUUUCCAAGCUCAAACUCUUCGUUUCUGUCAGUCUCUUACUGUAGAGACAACACAUACAUUCAUAUUCUUACUUGGUAAACCCACAUUAAACUACCGCUACUUUGAGAAGAUUAUCAGACGAAAAUUGCAAAUGAUGUUCUAAAAAGUCUCUGCGUAAUGCUAGUGCUCUGUUGUGCAAUCCUUUGAUAUAUUAAGAUAUAUAUAUAUAUGCGUGGUCUUCUACCAAAUCAGUGCUGUGUUAACACUUAUUAUAUAAGACUGCAUCUUUUUGGCUCAGCCCAUUUAGUCACAAAGUCGUGGAUUGUACACAUUUGGUCUGAUACUCUGUGGUAAAUGAUACAUGUGAAAUUUAAUAAAAGUUGAAAAAGA